CCGUCGUCUCUUCUAAGAGGUUGCAGAGACCAUACUUUUCUGGUGCUCCUUUCCUCUUCUCGGGUUUUGGAUGGAGAUGUGAGCUUCUUCUUCUUCAUCUUCCUCAUCCCGAAAGACAGAAAGAGAAAAACUUUGUAUACUCUAUAUAUAUAUAUCGAUGGCACUUUCUCUCCUCUCUCCAAUUCCUUCCUCUACCUCUCUCUCCUCUUUUCCCGCUCCUAAAAAUGCAUCCUUUCUCUCCCCUAUUUGCUCUAUAUAUCGCCCCAAAGGAACCCUUGAAAGCAGCAGAACCGCGACCUCGUUUUUCGGCGGCUUGAGGAUUGAUUCCAUGUCGGAGAAGAAGAGGAGGCAAUUGGGUCUCAUGGUUUCUAGAAACGGAGGAUUGGAUGACUUGGAUGAAGGAGAAAUCGAGAGAAUCGGAGGUCAAGAAGACGAGGAUGACGAGGAAUUGAUGACAGAAGGAGGACAUGAUGAUGAUUCACCUUCUUCCCCUGAGAGAUGGGAUGUCUUGGGUCUCGGCCAAGCCAUGGUAGAUUUCUCUGGAGUUGUGGAUGAUGAGUUCCUAAAGAAACUGGGUUUAGAAAAGGGAACGAGGAAGCUGAUAAACCACGAGGAGAGGGGUAGAGUCUUACAGGCAAUGGAUGGUUGCAGCUAUAAGGCCGCUGCUGGAGGGUCCUUGUCCAACACUCUUGUUGCUCUUGCAAGAUUAGGCUGUCGUUCCAUCACUGACCGCCCUUUGAAUGUCGCUAUGGCAGGGAGUAUUGCAGGUGAUCCUCUCGGUAGCUUUUACAGGACUAAACUACGAAGAGCAAAUGUUAAUUUUCUUUCUGCUCCAAUCAUGGAUGGAACAACCGGAACAGUGAUAGUUCUCACCACUCCUGAUGCCCAACGUACUAUGCUUGCCUAUCAGGGAACAUCUUCAGUUGUUAAUUAUGAUUCUUGCUUGGCUAGUUUGAUAUCCAAGACAAAUGUCUUUGUUGUGGAAGGCUAUUUGUUUGAGCUUCCUGAUACUAUAAGGACCAUAACUAAAGCCUGUGAAGAAGCCCACAGAAAUGGAGUGCUUGUUGCUGUAACUGCAUCAGAUGUGUCUUGCAUAGAGAGGCAUUACGAUGACUUCUGGGACAUUGUGGGCAACUAUGCAGAUAUUAUAUUUGCAAACAGCGAUGAAGCAAGAGCGUUCUGUCACUUUUCCGCAGAAGAAAGCCCAAUCUCAGCGACAAGGUACUUGAGCCACUUUGUUCCAUUUGUUUCCGUGACUGACGGAAUCAACGGGUCAUACAUUGGAGUUAAAGGAGAGGCCAUAUACAUUCCACCAUCCCCGUGCGUGCCAGUUGACACAUGUGGUGCUGGAGAUGCGUACGCUUCAGGGAUCUUAUACGGUAUCUUAAGAGGUGUCACUGACUUGAAAGGAAUGGGAGAUUUAGCAGCUACGAUUGCAGCCACUGUGGUGGGUCAACAAGGAACCAGGCUUAGGGUUCAAGACGCUGUUAGGCUGGCUCGGUCACAUGAGUUCCUUCUCAAAAGUUCUGGUGUUCGAACUGAUGUUGGUUCUUGAUCCAAAACUCUCUCUAGCUUUUGAAUGAUUCUUUUGUUUCAUCACAUGUAGUAGUGCUUUUGCAAAUGACUUGUUGUAAUCAUCUCUUUUUUUUUCAUUUAGUGGAAACAUUGGAAUAUUUGCUGUAUGUAAACAUUUUUUGUAUAUAAGCCUCUUUUCACUAUUAUAC